CCAACUGUAGUUAAUAACUAUGAGUACCUCACUUCACCCCGUUAAAACCACGCGGUGGUGCGUGCCCCUUUCUACCGUCACACUCACGCCACCCUCUCGCUCGCUCGCCUCACCGGUCGCCGCACGUCCACAGCACCACAGUCCGUUUCAACUCCAGUAACCGAUCCAAGAGAAAAAUAUAUUGGGGUACGCGUUGAGACGAUGAAGCUGACCCCCGUGCCUGCGGCGAUGGUGGCGGUGCUGCUGCUGCUCUCGGCGGCGGCGCCGCGGUCCGCGGGGCAGGCGCUGGUGCCGGGCGUGAUGAUCUUCGGUGACUCCGUGGUGGACGCCGGCAACAACAACCGGCUGGCCACGCUAGUGCGCGCCGACUUCCCUCCCUACGGCCGCGACUUCCCCGCCACCCACUCCCCUACCGGCCGCUUCUGCAACGGCAAGCUCGCCACCGACUACACCGUGGAGAACCUCGGGUUCAGCUCGUACCCACCGGCGUACCUGAGCGAGGAGGCGCAGAGCGACAACAAGAGCCUCCUCCACGGCGCCAACUUCGCCUCCGGCGGCGCCGGGUAUCUCGACGCCACCGCCGCCCCCUACGGUGCCAUCUCGCUGAGCCGGCAGCUGGAGUACUUCCGGGAGUACCAGUCGAGGGUGGCCGCGUCGGCCGGCGCGCAGCGGGCGGCGGCGCUGACGUCGGGUUCCAUCUACGUGGUGAGCGCCGGCACCAGCGACUACGUGCAGAACUACUACGUGAACCAGAUGCUCAGCGCCACCUACUCGCCCGACCAGUUCGCCGACGUGCUCAUGCAGCCGUUCACCUCCGUCGUCGAGAGCCUGUACGGGCUGGGGGCCCGGCGGAUCGGCGUGACGUCGCUGCCGCCAAUGGGGUGCCUCCCGGCUUCCGUCACCCUGUUCGGCGGCGGCGGCGGUGGCUGCGUGGAGCGCCUCAACAACGACUCGCUGGUCUUCAACCAGAAGCUCGGCGUGGCCGCGGGCGCCGUCCAGAGGCGGCUCCCAGACCUGAAGCUCGUCGUGUUCGACAUCUACCAGCCGCUCCUCGACCUCGUCAGCAACCCGACGAACGCUGGGUUCUUCGAGUCCCGGAGGGCGUGCUGCGGGACGGGGACGAUCGAGACGUCGGUGCUGUGCCACCAGGGGGCGCCGGGGACGUGCACCAACGCCACGGGCUACGUCUUCUGGGACGGCUUCCACCCCACCGACGCCUCCAACAAGGUGCUCGCCGACGCGCUCCUCCUCCAGGGCCUCCAGCUCAUCUGAUGAGACGGCCUGAGAUCCGUGUGCCUUGCUUCUGCCAAUUCCGUGCUACUAGCGUGUUGGUCUUGUUUGUAGUCCGUGACGUCAGCUUGAUGUCGUGGUGUUGUGGUGCUUGGAAUGGUGUGUGUGUGUGUGUGUGCCGCCACGUAC